GUUCUUCUUCUUCUUCGAUUGAACGCCGCCACAGGACCCUCUUCUUCUUCGAUCAGGGUCGCGGCCAACCCUCCUCUCAAUUUCCGAUUCAGCGACGCCUGCAACAGACUACGAAGGCGCAGUGACUCAAUUCAUGGCGACGGUCGGCGAGUUUCCUUCGUCGAUUCAACAACAGCAACCGCCUGAGGAGGCAGUGCUCUGGCGACGGUGAGAGAACUCCGGCGAAGCGCAGCGGCAAUCGGCGACUUCCCUCCGGCGACGUCCAGUCAGCCACUACCAUCUAUUCCGGCAAACCAGCCCAGACAUCAUGCGGUUCACCUCUGCUCUGGCGACUGAACCAACGGCGAGAAUUGAGCCAGCGAAAUCCGGCGAGGAAUCUGGUGGCGAGCCUCUGCUCCGGCGAGAAAAGCAGCGGCGGCGUCUAAGCGGCAGACUAGUCUAGAACAGAUCAAAUUUCUGACAGUCAUUGUUGAUAAAAUUCACGUGCACGUGUUCAUCAAAGUCCAGAAGUCAAGGGCUUACUUCUAGCGCUUUCCGGUCAAGUUCAAGAGAAGAUGAGAGGGAAAGACAGAUUACAAAGCUAGGACUUGGCUGAUCAAUCAUGACAAGAACAAAUAUAUCACCCCGAAAUACCGCCUUGUUGUUCGAUUUGUAUGUGCUACAACUUUUUGGUUUAUUUACCUACUGUAACUUUUUUCAGUUUGUGGUGUUCAUCUUGAGUCUUUUCAAUUUUCAAUUAUUAAAUGCGCAGGAAUGAUGUAAUGGAGGAUAGAUUUGGUGUGUUGAUAAUGUUGGUGAAUCAAUUAGCUGCAGAUGGAUUCUGUUGUAAUUAUACAUUGGAAUUUUGUAUUAUUCAUUUCGCUAACAAUUUUGAUGAUGAUAUGGUUUAUAAUUGGUUUUGGUAUAUAUGGAAAAAAGGCUACAAAGAGCACACUUGAUGGGAUAAUCGACACAGUUUCUGCAGUUCAUCCUCUUACGCCACUACUAAGCUUAUUGAAGAUCAAUGGUAAGCUUGUAUUGGUUGGUCUCCCAGAGAAACCCCUUGACUUGUUGGCGUUUCCCUUGAUCAUGGGCAGAAAAUUGGUUGCAGGAUGUGGCAUCGCUGGAAUAAAUUAAAGGAGACUCAAGCCAACAUAACAUCACGCCCGAUGUUGAGAUUGUGCCGAUGGACUGUCAACACCGCCAUGGAACGCCUAGCCAAAGCCAACGUGAAAUACAGAUUCGUAUUGGAUUUUUCCACAGAGGAAUAGGAUGGAUUGAAAAGGCAUGCAUGUAGAAUAUGCAAAUUGUAAGGAAGAUGAUGUAAAUAUUAAAUUAUUAGAUGUUAA